UAUGUAAUCCCAUAGUCAGGUAUAACUUCCGCUUUACCUAUGUCACAUUACAAAGGUGUAAAAACCAAUAUAACUAAGGAAUAUAUAGCUUUAAUUGAUGCUUAGACUGGCUUAAAAUAACCAAUACCAGUGAUUUAUAUACAUUUAUACUUUAACAUGCAUAAAAUAUUCGGUAAGAAGUCUAAAAGUAAGGACAAUAUAGCGGAUUAUACACAAAAUUCCACGCAAAAUGAUUUGCCCCGCCCAGCAGCAGAAACCAACAGUGUGCCUGAAACAAAUGGUACAUCGAAACAACAGCCACCAGUUGUUCAGAAGAAUGACACUCCACCACAACCACCAAGACCAAAGCUUGUUUUUCAUUGUCAACAAGCUCAUGGCAGUCCAACUGGAAUUAUUUCCGGGUUUACAAACGUAAAAGAAUUGUACCAGAAAAUAGCUGAUUGCUAUGACAUGCCAGUUUCAGAGAUUUUAUUUUGUACGUUAAAUACACAUAAAGUAGAUAUGUCCCGACUUCUGGGAGGUCAAAUUGGAUUAGAAGACUUCAUUUUUGCUCAUGUAAGAGGUCAACCAAAAGAGUGUGAGGUCACAAAAUCUGAGGAUGCUCUUGGACUUACUAUCACAGACAAUGGUGCAGGAUAUGCAUUUAUUAAACGGAUAAAAGAAAAUAGUAUUAUGGACAAAUGUCCACUUGUUAGUCUUGGUGAUCAUAUAGAAAAAAUAGAUGGUAAAAGUUUGGUUGGAUGUCGGCACUUUGAAGUGGCAAAAAUGUUAAAAGAAAUUCAGAAAGGAACUACUUUUACAAUUCGAGUUGUGGAACCAAUGAAGUCAGGAUUUUCAUUUGUUGAACAAAAGCAGAGUAAAAAGGGCAGUAGUAGUAUAGGUUCAGGAAAACAGACAUUACGACUACGGUCAACAGGUCCAGCCACAGUGGAAGAUGUUGACGAUUCUUCAGAUUUAGCUAUAGACAAGAUCAAUGGUUUAUUAGAGUCAUUCAUGGGUAUAAAUGAUACAGAAUUAGCACAACAAAUAUGGGAUAUGGGGAGCAAACUAGACAACCCAAGUGAUUUCGCCAUGGCAAUCGACAAAUCAGAAAUUAAAGAUUUUGGAUUUGCUGAUGAUUUUGUCUUUGAUUUAUGGGGUGCCAUAAGUGAUGCAAAGAGUGGAAGAUUGAACAAGUCAGAAGUCAAAGAAUUCAGUGAACAAUUUUAAACAUGGGAGAGAGAUAGUUAAUUUUAUCAUUGAAAUAAUGUUACCAGAUAUGUCAAAAUUAACCGGUGGGGCAUAGCAUUAUUUAUAUUGAUACAGUCCUGAUAUUCAUACUCAAAACCCUCGUUAAGAUACCGAUAGCAUUCCUGAUCAGUUCAGAAGUAAAAAGAAAAUAAAAGUUUAAUUAUGCAAAUGUUAACAAAAGAAUAUCUUUAAUUAUAUCCAGUUCCUGUCUUAUUCAGUUACAUUUUAUAACCAUAAAUGAAAAUAAAACAAACUCUGAAGAUGUUGAAGUGAAAAUUAUCAAACUUGUUUAAGGUCUGUGUAAAAAUUAUUAUUUACAAUUUUCAUUUUAUUUUAUGAAAGACUAGGAACUACCAUUAUAUAGUGCUCCCAGAGUUAAUUGAUAUGUCCCAGAGAAUUUUGACAGUUCAGUGUUUUUUGCGACCAUAUGGUCUUCAUUUAAAUUUUGUGAUAUUUGUUAUGAAUUAUUGUUUGUUUUAUGACCAACUGUUUUAUAUAUGUGUGGAAAUUUUGCAUUUGUUAUUGUCUCAUUGCUGUGACUAAUUCCAUCAACAAUGAAACGAAUAUUUAUGAUUUUUACAGUUGGUAAUUUAAUUAUCGGCUAACAAAAAAAAUAUGUAUUUAAAUAUCUGUACAUAGAUUUAUUUGCAUAAUUAGCUCUCUAAAAAUAAUUGAAAUAGCUUGUUUUAUAGAAGUUACAAUGAACCAAUUCAGAAAUAGUGAUGCAUGAUUGAAAAACGUUCAUCUUUUGGACGUUCUUAUUUGUCUAGACGUCAUUUAUGUGGAUGGUGACACUGUGCAACAUAAUUUACAAGGUCGUAAAUUGAAUUUCUGAAUUGCUCCAUUGUCUUAAUAUGUGGAUUUGAAAAUUUGUUUGAACAGCCUUGAUUUGUUUAUUUUUGAAAUAUUUAUGCCAUUAUGGCAAGGGAAGUUUUCUUUAAGGGUUCAUAUAUAUCACUUAAAGAAAAAAAAAUUGUCUCAUCAGCUAAAGAAAUCCUUUCUUUUAUAAUUUUCAUUGGGCUGUUUCUGUCUGUUUUUAUGAGUUUUUAGAUUUGAAUUUAUCGUAGUGCUCAAGAGAUUUGAAAGAAGUGAUGUAGUUGAUAGGCAAAUUUUUAAUAAUGUUGAGUUAGGAAACAUUUUAAUUCUCUUACUUAAAAAAAAACUUCAUCAGAGACACUCAUUUUAAUUAGCCAUCAUUUAUAGCUAAUACAGUUAUUUAAAAAAAUUAUCAUAGAGAUAGCUAAAUGUGAACAUUUACAUUCAGUGCAUAAAAUCAUUUUGUUCAUCCUUCUUUUCUGCUCUUUUUACAUGUUUUUAAAACUAUUCAUCCUUAGUAUGCAUAAAACAUUUUCCACAGGAUGUUAAGCAAACAAAAAUCUUUCAAUAAUAGUAUUCAACAGUCUGUCAGUCUUGUAUUGACAUUCAUGAUUCUUAUGUUACCGAGUAGCACAUAAAAUGUCAAGAACUAUAUUUCGUGAGGUUUCAGUUUAAUACAUUGUACCUGUCAUAAGGCAAUUAAAGACAGAUUUUCUGAAACUAUCAUAUACACAAAUAUAUAAUUUAAAAAAUAUUAUAAUCCCUAUUGGUAUAUUCACUGAGAGGUUAAAAUACAAGAAUAUUUCUGAAUGCAAAUUUGAAUGAAAGAAAACAUGAAUUAUAUCUUUAUAGUUUGGUAAUAAUAAUAAUAAUAUGAAUUUAAAACUUACAGUUUAAUGAUUAUAUGAGAACAAAUUGUUUUAUUCUGAAACCACACUAUAUUCAUGGUUAAAUCCAAUUGAUUGUAAAAACUUUUGUGAUAUGCUGUCAUAGACCUUAUGAAAUCUUGUCGAAAGAAGUUGUUUGUGUAGAAAUUUAUUUUUGAAGUAAAAACAGAAUACAGAUUCACAUAUAAAAUAGGUUUAUUUGAGGAUUUAUAAGCUUCAGUGUUAUUAUUUCCGAUAUAAAUUUAGUUCUAGAUGGCACAAAACAAGAUAGAAAAACAUUUGUGGUUUUAAAUCGGAUGAAUAAAAAUUUAAAUUUUAUGAGUUUAUUAAAAACACAAUACACUAAUGUAGCCCGAUUUACUAUCAUUUCAUACAUGAAUUUUCUAGAGUUACUGGACAAGCCAGCAAAAAAGUUUUAUUUUUAAUGAGACUUACCUAAGCCAAACAAUUGUCCAGAAUAAAAUUAACUAUUGGAAUUUGAAGUAUGUGGUAUAAUUUGUUUUCUGUAACCAUUGCCAGGGAUGCUUUUGUCACAACUACUGCUAAUGAAAGGGUUGUUAUGGAUACAUUUCUCCUAUAUUUUGGUUUUUGAGUAAUUAAUGUAAAUCAUAUAUUUAGUCCAGUCCUAAAUCAUUUAAAAAUAUAGAAGGGUUUAUGAAAGGAACAAGCAACAGCUAUAUGUAUUUAAUAGCUAGUUUUAUUUGGCAUUGACGGCUUAAUUGUGAAUGUUGAGUACAGAGAAGUUGAACCAGACAGCUGUUACGACAGAUUUUGUUGAUAUUUUGAGCUUUACUAAGAAGUUUACUGUUGUGUUAACAUUUUUAUGUGUGAUCAUUGUGGUAAUUAUCGUGUACAUUCCUGUUAUUUUACAAUCUAUUUUAUUCAUGUGAUUACAUGUGUGUUCAUGUUGUGUUCGUUGUCCAUUCAAAAUUAAGGAUUGCUCACAUGUAUCACACACAUUCCUUGACAUACAUUUACUUUUCUAGUUUAAAAUGAAUUAAAAGUAAUUAAGCAAGCUUCUGUAGAAACUUAUUUUUUGAUAAUUCAUUUAUUUCAUUUCUCAACCUUUGAAUAUUGUUUUUAUCAUAUUUGAUAUUUGUAAUCUAGAACAGAUUUACAAGUUAUUUCUUACUGGAUUAUAUUAAUAGCAAAAACAUUGGUGUUUGUACGCUUCUAUCAUAUAUAUAUAUAUUCAGUUUAAUAUUUUAAAUGAAAAUAGCGUAAAUAAUGGUUCAAAUAUCUGAGGAAAAUAAAAUGAUAGAAACAGCACCUGUAUAAUUUUAAAUGAAAUUGAUGUUAUUUUUUUAAAAGCAAAAGUACAUUGAGAAAAAGCACUUGCCUUGCAUUGAUCAGCAUUUUGGAAAAUGAAUUUAUGGUGAUCCUGGAUGGUAAUAUGCAUAUCAGAUUUACUUGACUUAGAUAAAAGAUUAUCUGUACAAACAAAACCAAUCAUUUCAAACCUAUUUUAAAUAUUUCACUUUUGAAACAGGUUUUACUGUUACAGAAUUUUCCUAUAGAUAUAUAUUUUUACUUGUUUAAGCGUUAAUUGUGUUGUCUCUAAUUCUCUAUUUAAUUUUUUACCAAAAUUAUUUUUAUUGGAUACUUACAAAUGGAUUUUCAAUCAAAUAAAUUGAAGUUGAGAACCAAUAUCUUGAGUGCUGGUCACUUUCCCAUAUAUAUUUAUUGAUCACUCGACUCAUGCUAGAAUUGUGACAAAUUGAGAAAGGAAUAAAAUGAUGAAUGUUCA